CAAAAAAUGAAGAGUCUAACAAACAUUGCUCGGCCAUGUUCAUGACAUAAGCGAGGCUGUAUAUAAGCUAGGUCGAGGGACCAGGAGGCACAGAGCAACAUGGCCCGUCUAGCAGUCCUCACUCUAGCCUUCGGGCUCUUCGCAAUUACUUACGCCGCACCAGGUGGAUAUGGUGGCGGUAGCCAAGGAGGUGGUGGCUACGGCGGCGGCGGCGGCGGUGGUGGCGGCGGUGGCUUCGGAGGUGGUCUUGGCGGCGGCGGUGGCCAUGGAGGAAGCGGUGGUCUUGGCGGCGGCGGUGGCCACGGAGGAAGCGGUGGUGGUCUUGGAGGCGGCUUCGGCGGUGGCCAUGGAGGCGGCGGCGGCGGCGGUCUCGGAGGUGGUAGUGGACACGGCGGCCAUGGUGGACACGGAGGCAGUGGUGGACUCGGUGGAGGACACGGCGGCGGCAACGGCGGUGGUUUCGGCGGCGGACUAGGCGGUGGUAGCGGCGGUGGUCACGGCGGACACGGUGGCGGCGGACACGGUGGCCACAGCGGCGGAGGCUACGGUGGUUCUGGUGCCAUUGCCAGCGCCAACGCGAACGCCCACGCCAGCGCUGGAGGUGGUGGCGGCCACAAAGGAGGAUACGGACGCUGAACCGAUGCAUGAAUAUCGUUAAGAACAAGAAAAAUUCAAAAGCUCAAUGUGAUAAAACAAAUAGAUUACUUUUCGCCAUACGUAAAUAUGUAUAAAUGCAAUCCAAAUAAACAUUAUUGUUUUUUAUAAAA